ACCAUCGACGCCAGGCGACCCACACGCCGCCGCCGCAACAUGACGCGCAGCACGACGACUUGAUCGUUAUCAUGGAUGCCGUAGCACCAAGUAACCGUGCCGCAGCUGGGGGAGGCGGCUUGUUCAGCAAGGCCAUUUCCAAGUUCAGUACUGAAUACCGGUUACAGUUCGCCUGGCCGCCCAGCAAACGCAUCAAAGAAAAGGGAGCCGGUCACGACGCAGCGCCGCCCCGCAAGUCGCUCUCGAUGGGCGCCAUCAAACCUACUGCCAAUGGUGUGGGUCCCGCUGCAGUACACCGAAAACGCACCGAUCUCGAAACCACGAAGGAAGAUAACAAUCAUGAGCUCGAACCGUUGGUUAUGGAACCGGAGGCUUCUGAAAAAGAAGCAAACACACUGGACGAAAAGCAAGCUAUGAAUAAGAAAGAAACUAAAAUAGAACACAAGAAGAACUUUAGGCCAAUAUCUCAAUUAGAUUACAUGCAUUCGCCUAAGAAAGAAGUUCACAUAGAAAAGCACGCAGUGGUAGAGACGUCUACGCCAGCAGAUGCUUGGUACAAAGAAGUGUUAGAAUUACGCAAAAAAGCGGGAGAAUAUAAGAGCCGCGGUUGGGGUACUGAAUUAAGUAUAGAUCAAGUAGCUGAUAUAUCGAAUAAACAAAUUGAGCUUUGGGAACAAGUAUCGCGGCGUAGUUCCUUAUCUGCACUGUCGCUUGCUUCUACUAGCCAUAGGUCAAUAACGAAAGAAGAGAAAGAUAAAGAAAAUAAUAAGAAAACUUCACCGACGAAGGCUGCCUUCAUAAAAACACCGCGGGUUCCUGGAUCCGCAAAACCAGUGCUCGAUAAUAAAAUGUUAGACAAUGCUAGAUUUAGAAAGGAGACAAUUCGUCAUCACCUUGAGAGAACUACAGGAAUAGAUUGUUCUGAGGAAGGGGCACUAUUGCCAUCUCCAACUCUAGAGAAGCUAGUGCCGGUAACGCCAAGAAGUGAAGAGCACUACAGCCCGAAACGUUGCAGCCCUCAAAAGGGCAGCCCGCAGAAGAGCAGCCCCAAGAAAGGCCGUUCGCACUCGGUGGGUCCGGGAGUAAUACAAAGCGAAAAUUUAUCGCCAAAACGGACCCCACGACCAGGAAGCACGGUGACCGCCACAACCGCCUCGGCGGCCGCCAAACAGAAGAAAAGCCCGACAAUGGCAGUAUCUGCUGAACGUAGACCAAGACCUACCUCCCUAUCCACCACUGUCCCGUCCCGUUCUAAAAGUAGUUCGGUGCCCCCGAAACCUCACUCAUCAUCCUCAACCGUCGUUAAUCGAAACGCGGAAGCGCAGCAACAAUCACGAACAAAAACGCCGUCGUCGGCAAAACAAGCGCCGACGCCGACGCCGAAAUCGGCGCCUGCAGCCGGCCCUGUUGCCACGGGCCCCGUAAGCACCAAAAUUGGCGAGGACAAAACGCCAAAACUUGAAAUUGAAGACGAUGGAUCAGUAGAACGCGAUGCUGCCUCGGUAUCUUCGAGUGCUGGCAGCGCGUUGACCCCCAGAGAGCAAAUUGUCAAGUCACCUCCGGAACCAACGCGGGUUAAAUCACCGGAACAAAUUAUAAUGCGAUCGCCCGAUCCUGUGAAUUGGACGGUGCCGCUGGAUACAGGAAAGACUUUUACAGUCACGCAGAAUGUACGAGAAGGAGGCGAUGCAGUGAGCACGCCAACACCACGUCCUCAAAGCGAAAUAAAGGCUCGUAGCCCCCGAGAUCUGCCGCCCAGCGCCCCCCAAUCGGCUACGUCUUCGCACAGGGACGAACUAGUUAAUGGCAACUCAACGGACAACCGAGGUGAUACAGCACCAGUUACAGCAAAACCAGAUGCUGUGGAGAGCGUGGUGUCACCAGGCACUGGACGUUCUCUUGCAUCUGAAGUGUUGGAAAAAGCAAGAACGCGUUUUGACAAAUUCUGGGGAAAGGAUUCCAAAGACGACGAUGUUUAAGCAACUAGCGACUAGAUUCAAGCCCAUUAUUUUUUAUAAUAAGUUUUAUUAGAUAGGCAUUGAAUUUACUAAACCGUAAACGGUUUACGUUAAUAUAUUCUUGACUGGUAUUUCUGGGCCCCUUGGGUUAAACUAAAUAAAUUUGAAAUGUUAUAACAUAAUCAUGUUUUUAUGAAGGUAUAAAUUGUAAUCAGAAUGUAUUUAUACUGUGCUGGUCGGAAAGUU